AUGGGGCAGGGGCGACACAACAUAAUAUACAACCACUCUUCCACUUUCUGUAUCUUUCUCUCUUUCUCGCGAUCGCUCACUCUGGAAUUUCCUAUCGUUCUCUCCUUCCCUGUUUCUUCUCCUUGUUUUCGCGUCAUUGUUGCCCAAAUCUUCACUGUCUAUCUUUGUCCCAUUUUCUCGGACGCUAUCGCGUCGACUACAAGGCCCUUCGUCUCUGGCCCUAGUCCACAGCCGAGUCUUUCUUUCUGCCCCUCCCUUCUUUAUCCGGCUCUCUUUCUCUCCCUGUUUCACUGCCUACUACCAGUGGGAAAUCGUCUCGGCAACCCUGCCAUGCGAGAGAGGAGGACAUCCAUACAGGCGGUUGGCCAAUCAGGUUCCGCCUCUCCUCGACAGGUUGCUUUAUCUACCCAUAAUAUCUUUUGCCCGGGCUGA